CUUCUCCUUCAUCUGUCUUCUCGGCUUGGAGACGACACAGUUUGUUCCAGCACAAAAAAAAACGUGGUCGCCAAACUCGAGACUUUCCUCUCUUAGCAGAUUAUAUUUGUCAGCCUGAAUAUAAACAAAAAAACAAAGAAAAGGACGAGUUAAAACAGCAGCGUUGUGAGGGGAAAGAAAGGUAGAAAGUGCCGAGCAGAGAAAGUAACUAGUGGACUUGUGGAAACUCUACUCCUCUCUGGGACUGUGCUGCUGUCAGCAUGACGGAGAAGCCUCCACUGGACAGCAACGAGGACAGAGCCUGGCUGGGCGAGGGCCAGUCUGAAACUCAGCUCACAGCUGUGAACGGUGCAGAUGGAGAUGAGACAUGUGAUGCAGACAGACCAGCGUGGGACUCUAAGGUCCAGUAUGUGUUGGCCCAGGUGGGGUUCAGUGUGGGCCUGGGGAACGUGUGGAGGUUCCCAUACCUUUGCCACCAGAAUGGAGGAGGGGCCUUCAUGCUGCUGUAUGUUUUUCUUUUGGUGAUUGUGGGAGUUCCACUUUUUUUCAUGGAGUUGGCAGCCGGCCAGAGCAUUCGUCAGGGCAGCAUCGGUGUGUGGAAGCACAUCUCCCCAAAGCUGGCAGGGAUCGGUUACUCCAGCUGCAUGGUCUGUUUUUACGUGGCUCUUUACUACAAUGUCAUUAUUGCAUGGAGCCUGUUCUACAUGGGUAAUUCUUUUCAGUAUCCCCUGCCGUGGGAACAUUGUCCAAUUGAUGUGACCACCAAUGACACAGUGAAAGAAUGUGCCGGUUCUUCCCCAACGUCAUAUUUCUGGUUUCGGAAAGCCCUUAACAUCACGAAUUCCAUCGACGAAUCCGGCGAGCUUAACCCCAUCAUGACGGGCUGUUUAUUGGCUGCUUGGGCAAUUGUCUCCUUGGCUAUGAUCAAGGGCAUCAAGUCAUCUGCAAAGGUGAUGUACUUUUCCUCAGUCUUUCCCUAUGUGGUGCUCUUCAUUUUCCUCAUCAGAGGGGUGAUGUUGGACGGUGCCAUGGAAGGAAUCAAAUAUAUGUUUUAUCCCAGACUGGAAAUCUGGGGUAGUGUGCAGGUGUGGCGCCAGGCGGCCACACAAGUGUUUUUUGCCCUGGGACUGGGCUAUGGCUCCGUUAUCGCGUAUUCUUCCUACAAUCCAGUCCACAACAACUGCCACAGGGACGCGCUGAUGGUCUCCGGCAUCAACUUCAUGACGUCUGUGCUGGCCUCGCUCGUGGUAUUCGUUGUGCUGGGUUUCCGUGCCAAGAACAUUGUACUCCGCUGCAUGGCUAAAAACCUUGGUCUUCUAAGCCUCAUGUCGUCCCAUGGAUCUAACCAGCACUUGGGUGGCCUUGGUUGGAUCAACAUGACAGAUCCCAGCUCUGUGUCUCUAGCUGAAUACAGAGAGUGGUACAGUCACUACAGCUCCAUGGUGGGUCCUAACAUCACCGACUGCAGUCUGGAGGAGGAGAUGAAUAAGGGCAUUGAAGGGACAGGCCUGGCAUUCAUAGCGUUCACUGAGGUGAUGGCCCUUUUCCCAGCCAGCCCCUUCUGGUCCACACUGUUCUUCCUCAUGCUUCUCAACCUGGGCCUCAGCACCAUGUUUGGGACCAUGCAGGGAAUCCUCACACCUCUCAUGGACAAUUUUGGCCUGUUGGGACGCCACCGGACCCUCCUCACUGUGUCCAGCUGUGCUUUGGGGUUCUUAAUAGGAAUGCUGUUCACCCAGCGCUCAGGCAACUACUUUGUGACUAUGUUUGACGACUACUCUGCGACUCUACCGUUAAUCAUCGUGGUAAUCUUUGAAACUAUCAGUGUGUCGUGGGUUUAUGGGACAGACCGCUUCCUGGAUGACAUUGAAGUCAUGCUCAAAUGGCGCCCUCCAGCGGUGUACAAGUAUCUCUGGAAAUAUGUUUGUCUGUUUGCGAUGAUUGGUCUUCUGGCUGCAAGUUUGCUGCGCAUGGUCUUCAAAAGGCCCACAUACACCGCCUGGAAUCAAACCACGGCCUCUGAGAUGACUCUUGAGUACCCCGGCUGGGCUCUUGCUAUGAUUGUCAUGCUGAUAGUCUUUGCUACCCUGCCGGUACCUAUUGGCUACAUCCAUUCCACGUUGAAAAACCGCAGGGCCCUUAACAUUCACUCUGAGGAGGGAGGCGGCCAGGAGAUGCACCGCGAGUUGUACACAAAGUGCAACUCCACUGAGCUGCUGGAUUCCAACUCGCACCACCGAGUCCCCUCUGAGGAAGAGGAGGCUCCUCCCAGGACUGGCUUCCUGCCUUUGGGUGACGAACACUACCGGCUCCUGCCUCAGCAGGAAGAUGAAGAAGAUGACGAACAGGAUACAGGGGUGUGAGCACGGCUGUGGGGGAAUGAAGUGUUUUAGAUGUUGAACCUCAGAGAGCGUACGAGCAACAACCCUGCAAGAGAGAUUGCAAAGUGAAGGGAGGGCAGUCAGAAACAGAAUUAUUCUUAAUCUGAGGAAGAGUCGUUGGGUUGCACUCAUUCAUCAUAUUCAGCAAGUUCUACAUUGUUGACAAGCCUACAAGUUAUUUUUAACUUUUAUAUUAUUGAACGUACAUUACCAGUCAAAUUAAUAGCUUUUUUUAGAUUCUGUAGUUAUGAAACUACAACUCCUCCUUGUAGCUCCCUCCAUUCAUUUUCUGAACCACUCACACUGUUCAGAAAAUAAAAACACUCACAGAUACAUAUAAAAGGAAUAAGCUGCUAUAUUUGGUGAAACAAAAGAAUUUACGGAAGGUUUUAGAGUACGAAGUUGACAAGCCACCAGCAUGUCAAAUACUUUUUCUGCCAGCCUUAUUUCAUGCGGGAGUCAUAACUGAGUUCGCCGGUGAAUUGAGGAAGACAGCGACAGACAAAAAUAUGCUUUAUGAGUAUUUUUUAGCUAAAUGCCAAGUAUGAAUUUGCAUGAAAACAUUCUACCUUGAGCAACUGUGAUGUGUGUGUGUGGAUGUGUGUGUGUGGAUGUUUGAACAUUUCUGUUCAUUUCUGUUGUGAAUCAGUUUGGAUGUGAAGUGAGAAAUGUUAAUAUGUCAGUAAGAUAAGUAUUUUACAUUAUAUGUGUAUCCUUUUACCUCACAAGACCACAGCAAUGUUUUUACACAAAGUGCUCAGUGUAGCAGUAUUGUACUGUACUAGACGAGGACUUAAAUAAACCUCUAGAUGGCAGCAACCUGA